AUGGUGGGAAAGUCCCCAGGGAGGAGAUCAAAGCCCUCUCCUAUUCGAGCUAGAUCCGGACCGGUGACCCGAAGAAAUAGUCCUUCAGUACCAGGAAGGAGGGAGUCGAGGGACGGCGGGGAAAGCUCCCAUCGGAGGUCUCUGUCACCGGUGACCCGUACAUACACUGGGCCAGAUAAAAUAGGAUUGACCCAGAACCAAUUGGUACGUAGGACCGGAAAGUCUCCAGGUCAGCUGCCACCGGCAGCCCUCAAAUUACCUUGGCCCGACGUUGAAGAUUUAUUUCUGCGCAAGCUCCAUUGA